ACUGGCCUGGGUGUCUGCAGUUGUUGCUCCCGCACAGUCUCACUCCUGUCCCACUAGUGCAGAUAUUUUUUUCCCCCUUUCUUACUAUGCUGUCACAGAGGCACUACCACCAUCACUGAUGAGCUCAGCCUUUGCCAGCAGCGGGUCCGUCUUGCAGCCGGCUGGCAUUGGCUCCAUUGGACAUGGGGGAAGCUUCUGGCAUCUUUCCACAGAAGCCACCCCUGUAUCCCCACCCCCCACCAAAACCUUGCCACGCAGAUCCACUGCACUAUCGUUCCCUUGCUUUCUAUUAUUAUUUUACUCGGGCACUAUAUUAUUUCGACGAUGUUGGGAGAGCUUCAUUUGGUUGACUAUUUUAUCAGCAGAUCAUAUCUAAAUAUUCAAAUAUCAGUCAUUCUAAACCUUUCCAUGAUGAUGAAAGAACAUACUUAGCACACACACUUGCACAUACAGGAAAAAAGCAGUUCCUGAAAUGUCAUGUGAGUUCUUUUCUUCAGUCACCCCAGAGACGAGACUGAUGGUACUUGCUCUCUUGACACAUCGACAUACCUGCUUCACUCAGCUACAGAAAUGCCUGAACUCCUGGAUCACAGCAGUUCACAUGAACAGGCUGCUGUGUAUUAUGCAUCAGAAUCCAUUGUCUCCAUUGUUGUCUUCAUCAUCGUUUUCAUCAUCGGUAUCCCUGGCAAUGGACUGGUGAUCUGGGUAGCUGGUCUGAAAAUGAAAAAGUCUGUGAACAUUGUCUGGUUCCUAAACCUUGCUGUGGCUGACUUCAUGUGCUGCUUGUCCUUGCCGUUUUUUGUUGUUCACCUGGCCCUCCAUGAACACUGGCCAUAUGGUUGGUUCCUCUGCAAAAUCAUCCCAUCAGUCAUAAUCUUCACUAUGUUUGCUAGUGUCUUCCUACUUGUGGCCAUCAGCAUUGACCGGUGCCUCCUUGUGAUGAAACCUGUCUGGUGCCAAAAUCAUCGGACAGUGAAACCUGUAUCAAUAAUAUGCCUUGGCAUUUGGAUCCUAGCCUUCAUUUUCUGCUGUCCUGUCUUCUACUACCGUGACACUAGCACUCUUGAGAACAGAACUCACUGUGGGUACAGUUUUGGAGAUUUUGAGGAGCAAGAUCAUAUAGAGGGUUCUGUAAAUGAGUUAUUGGAAGAAUACCCAUCUUUAGCCUACAACGGUAAUGACACAUGGGGAAAUUCCUACGAAGAUCUCUCUUCUGUGCCGCUUCCCUUAGUGCUAAUUAACAUCACUAGAGCUGUCUUUGGCUUUGUACUCCCCUUUGGCAUAAUGGCAGUUUGCUAUGCUCUUAUUGCUUUCAGAAUGCGUGCCAAUCAGUUUCACAAGCCACGCAACAAGAUGCUGCGAACAAUUGUGCUCGUGGUAGCUGCAUUCUUCAUCUGCUGGGCUCCGUACCACGUAGUUGGGAUUCUGUCCAUUGUACCUACUCUUGAAACAAUGGAGGAGUCAUUGAUCCUCUGGGAUCACCUCUCUACAGCACUUGCCUAUGCCAACAGCUGCAUUAACCCCCUGCUCUAUGUUUUUGUGGGACGGGACUUCAGGGCAAAGGCAUGGCAAUCAGUGCAACAAAUCUUGGAAAAUGCCUUUACUGAUGAACCAACACGUUCGACCACUUACUCCCUUCAUGGAAGCAAGAGUUCAACAGAGAAGGAUGUAAGCAGCACAGUGUAAUGCAGAACCACUGUAGAAAGAGGGCCAUGGGCCCGCACAUCAAUCACUCUCCACAGCUUUUCUUUUGCUCCAAGACAUUUGAGUAAUUUGCAGAUCCACACACAGGACACCAAGACUGUCCAGAUCAUAACAGCUAACCGCUUUUACAUUCUGCUCUAGAGAGAUGGGACACUGGAAGUACCCAGAAUAAUAAUCUGAGGGAAGACUCCGGUGAAGCAGGAAACACAGAAUGCUCUAUAGAAGAAAGCAAGAUCACGUAGUUUAACCUCCAAAUUGCUGGAUGAGAAUGUCAUUAGAAUUAUUUGCGUAUGUCUAUGUUCUACAUCCGUCGUUGAUAAACUGCAGAUGAAACUAAC